GCGGAGGAGUUAAAUUCCAUUGUGGGAAAUGCAUUUCGGAUGGCGUACGCGGCUCAACUACAGAAACAACCAACAUUACAAGAUGUUAUUAGCUCACAAUUAGAUUCUAAUACUGAUAAAGUACUUUGGACAAAAGAACUGACCACUGCCUUAAAAAAAGAAAAACCACCGCAACUUAAUAAUAAUCAAAAUUUUGAAAUGGACGUCCACAUAAAUAGCUCAGACGCAUCAACGUUACGAUUAAAUCCACCUAACUCUAUACCAGGAUUAAGAUUAACGCACAAAUACAAUGUACUUGAUCCACCUGAAAAGAGUCAAUCUCAACAUAGCACACCUAGUAGCGAUGAAAGUAAUUCACCGACCGAACUUAAUUCCUGUAAAAAAAUUACCGAAAAACCGCCUUUAAUAAAAAGAAUAGCAAUGGGAAUUACCGGUCUUCACAAUACAGACGAUGAUAGUUGCCCUUUAGUUAAUGGAGAGUCUCCAAGUAGUACACCUAAUAGUCCCACGUCAAGGCCUCUUCUUGCAGGGUAUGUUAAUGAAAUGGAUAACGAUAAUGAAAAUAAAAAUAUUAAUAAUACGAAUAAUAGUAUAAAAGUAGAAAUGGAAACUGUAACUUCUAAUAUUACUAAACAUAUAGAAAUACAAGAUAGAUUAUUACAAAGUUCGCCUGCGUCUACCGAUCCAGAAUUUAAGGCGAAACGAAUAUCACAAAUUAGUUCCAGUAGUUCCAGCUCUUGUCCGCAAGGCGGUACCGAAAACUCAUUUCUAGCCUUCACUCCCAUACCACCUCCGCUUCCCGAAAGGACCGACUCCCUUACAUACAAGGAAGAAGGAGAAUUACGAACAGCGCCAUGGUUUCAAGCGGGCAUUCCUAGAGAAAUCACCUUGGAAGUUUUGGGCCAAGAACCUGUCGGUGCUUUCAUGGUACGAGAAAGCACAACUAAGCAAGGAUGUUACGCGUUAUCCCUUAGAGUUCCUAGAAGCUUUCAACCUUCCGGAAUAGCGCAUUAUUUGAUUAUUAGAACAAACAAAGGCUUUAAAAUUAAGGGUUUCACGAAAGAAUUUACAACCCUAACUUCCCUAAUAACCCAUCAUUCUGUUAUGCCGGAGCUGUUACCGUGCCCUCUAUCUCUCAGUCGCUACAAUCCCAGUUUCGUCAAGUCAGAUUCUAGAAGAGACUUCGCCGACAUUGAUCUAGAUCCUGACUAUAACACUCUUGCGGAUUUUAGAAAAAUGAUGGCCGAUUUAAAUAUUUAAUUUAAAUAAGACUUUGAUAAAUUAAACUAGUCGUUGUGACCUUAAUAAAAGUAUAUGUAUAUAAACAGUGUUCGAUAUUUAAAGACACAACUUGUGUACCUUGUGAUAUCUCAGAGUUAAAACGGCUGAUUUUUAAAUUAAGUGUUAAUAUUAUUAAUGUAAUAUUUUGUACUUAUUUACUAUGUGUAAUUUUAAGAAAAUCCAGUCAGUAUGGAAACAAAGUAUUUGUGUAUAAAUUCAUUUUUUUUGUUUGAAUCAAUUGUUUUUAAAUGUGUCCUAUUAACAAAUACUUUGUUUCAUUCCGCAAUUUGUUAUCUCGUUUUGUUUGUAAGAAAAUUGAAGCGCUUUCAUUUUAAUAACAUUUUUUUUGUAAUUCGGGGUAUGUUGAUAUUACCUCUGGCUUAAGUAUUUCAAUAUCCUUUAAUUCUCUUUCAUUGUGACUGUGUUAUGCUGUUAUGCAAAAAGGUAAGAUAUGCUGGAAAAAUUCAUUAGAUGGGAUAUUUUUGUAGCAGAACUAAUGAGUAAUGAAUGUGAGUGUUCUGUUUACUCUUUUCUAGUCUAGCAUAAAAUAUGAGUAUAUACUAACUGAAAUACACGUUACACAUAUAACCCUUAACGCCCCUACAAUUUGUUUGUGUAACUUUGUCACAGAAAUUAAGUUCAAGUUCAAACUUUGUUUAUAUGCCACUAUUUUUAGAAAUGUUCGUUUUAUUUUUUGCCCACAUCGUUUGCCUAUACAUACUUUGAUUUUUAAAUAUAAAAUUUUAAUUUUGUCACAAGCUCAUUUUUAUGUUCAAACGUAACUUACCUUUUUGUACUAAGUUAUUAAAAGAUAAGUGUCAUGUAAAAUAUUAAGUUAAAAAACUACCUACAUUACUACCUUCAAAGCUUUAACUGUACCACGUAAUAGUGACUGGUUUAUUACUUUAACAUUUUCUUAUUUCUAUUGGGUCAUUCUGUAAGUAAUCAAUCUCAAACUUGUUAAUUUAUUCAAAUAACAAUAAAUAAACAUUUGUUUUUA